GCUGAAUAGAGAGUUCAGGCAGUUACACAUAUAUGGAUAUUCAACAUUUUAUCGAGAGUAUAAAGCAUUGCCUUAAAAGUAAUAGACAGUCGUCAUAACAUGAUAUCGUCUGACAUCAAUAUCUAAUGAGUUUAUCUCUAUAAGCAUAGUACUAUAGUUACCAAGGUCGAAGCUGCUUCUUGAUGCUGCUCCAAGCUGUAUACCUUACGGUAUUGGAACACCCCACUUAAAGUCGAACUAAAGAACCUUGGAAGCACUGACGUUGACUUGUGCAUUUGUACCUACAGUUGUACCUAAAGCUCCAAUCAUACAACAGCCUCAAUACGCAGCUACCUAUACUAAAUCUAACAACCUACAACCCUACAACGACGACUUCACGACGACCUAGCCCACUAAUAUCUGUCGUCGUCGUCCUGCGUCUCCUACUUCCAACCCGGGGAUCUAUACAUUGCCGGCCGGUAAUAUUCAUAUGCACCUUAGCUAGCUUAGCUCCAAGUCCACAGUUCAUUGAGCAAUAUUCUCUGACCCCGUCACCAAGAGCUCUCCCACUUAUCCAGCCUCAACGAUCCCUCCACCCCGAGUUCUACCAAACUACACCUAAGCUAUAUUAUUUAGCUGAGAUACAACCCAGGCAUAAAGCAUAAUUCCCGUUCGCCGCAAUGGCUCCGACUCCGGCGAAGUACGUUCUCCUAUCGCUGCCUCUCAGCACUUUCGACACAGGCGACAAGGAAGAAGCCCUUGAAUCCGUCAAGGGUAUUAUUACAUCCAAGAAUGGAACCGUCUUGCCAUUUCCCGUUCCCAACUUUAAGAUAGGAACCCUAGACGCAUUGGUUCAGCAAGCCGACGAUUUGGCAAAACUCAGUGCUGGCUGUGAGGGGGUGGUUAGCAAGGUCGGCGACUCCUUGCGCUCACUGUACGAAGGCAACGAGGAAAAAGCAUCUCAACAAAAGAAUGUUAACGACAAACCGACGGAUCAGUACCUUCGCACCUUUACUUGGAACAAAGUUCGUUACAGAGCCGACAAGCCUGUUGGCGAACUCAUUGAUAUCUUGCAAAAGGAAUUGGCCACGAUCGACGGCGAUGUCAAGGGCAAGUUCAAUCAAUACAACCAAGUCAAGACAAAUCUCGCUUCCCUACAAAGAAAACAAACCGGCAAUCUCGCAACUAAAUCACUUACGCCGAUCGUCAACCCGUCUCUGCUAGUACAAGAUUCCGAAUACCUCGAAACGCACCUAGUCGCUGUCCCCACCAACCUUAAGAAGGAUUAUCUUAAGAGCUACGAAACCAUCGCACCUAUGGUGGUUCCUCGAUCGUCUAUACAGGUUGCGCAAGAUGAAGAGUUUAUUCUGUUUGCCGUCACCACGUUUAAGAAGCACAGUGCAGAGUUUCAGCAGAAGUGCAGAGAGCAGAAGUGGACGCCCCGUCAGUAUAAGUAUGUCGAGGGCGGCAGGGAAGAAGAGCAAAAGGAAUUAGACCGUGUCACGAGAGAGGAGAAAAAAGUCUGGGGGGAGGCUUUGCGGCUGACCCGCACUGGAUGGAGCGAGAGCGUCAUGAUAUGGGCGCAUGUAAUGGCCCUCCGCGUCUUUGUGGAAUCCGUGCUGCGUUACGGGUUACCAUUAGAAUUUGUGUCUGCCCUCGUCCUGACAAACACGAAGCUGGCAAAGGAGGUGAAGGCGGCGCUGGACUCAUCCUACUCGUACCUUGGUGGAAAUGCGUUCGGGAGAGAUAAGCGAGGGAGGAUCACGAAAGAUGAUGCAGCUUUAACGUCGGAGAUGGCGGCGGCCGGUCUAGGACACGGAGGGGAAGGAAACGAGUACACAGCCUACGUAUACUACGAGUUCGAACUAUAGACGGCACGCAGCAUCUAAUUUAUCAGGAUGGCGUUUCGCGGGCGGACUAAUGUCAUGGCUAGCAUCCCCUUAACCAGGGGCUUCGGUUGUCAUAACAAACAUGAAA